UCGCUCAUCAGUCAGUCGCUCAGUCGCGCUCUUCUGCGAAUGCAACUCCGUCCAGACACUGGCACGCGAACACCAAACAAACCCAAACAAUGACAUUAUCUGCAACGACACGACAGAAACACAGCAUUAUCUGACCAACUGAACCGAUCCCGCGCCUCUUUCUGCUCGCUGUUUGCCGCCUCAUUCCAGCUCUGCGCCCAGCGGCUUGUGUAGGACCAUGAUGCUCAGCAGCUCAGUGGAUGUACCCAGCCCAGGCGGGAUGAGCGUGGUGGCGGCCCGGAACGUAUUUCGCAGUUCCAGCAUCAGUGGUGCCAUGUACAGCCUGGAGAAGAGCCCCAGCAGCACGGGGCCCGACGCCACAGGCCUGGCUGGAAACAAGAAGCGUCGCUCCAGCCUGGGAGCCAAGAUGGUGGCUAUUGUGGGUCUGUCACAGUGGAGCAAGAGCACACUGCAGCUAAACCAGCAAGAUGGUGGAACAAAGAAGCUACGCAGCACCAUCCGGCGGAGCACAGAGACGGGUAUCGCAGUGGAGAUGAGGAACCGUGUCACACGGCAGGGCAGUAAGGACUCAACAGAUGGCAGCACUAACAGCAACAGCUCUGAUGGGACGUUCAUCUUCCCCACCACUCGCCUCGGCCCUGAGAGCCAAUUCAGUGACUUCCUGGACGGUCUUGGUCCUGCUCAGAUAGUGGGGCGGCAGACAUUAGCCACACCGCCAAUGGGUGAUGUUUACAUCGGUGUGGUGGAUAGAGGGGGUCAGUUAGAGGUCGAGAUCACGCAGGCCCGAGGUCUGACCCCUAAACCAGGCUCAAAGAACAUUCAAGCAACAUAUGUAAAGGUUUAUGUCCUGGAGAAUGGAAUGUGUCUUGCUAAGAAGAAAACCAAAGUGGUGAAGAAAACCCUGGAUCCAACCUUCCAGCAAUCCCUGAUGUUUGACGAGAGCCCGCAGGGGAAAGUGCUACAGGUGAUCGUGUGGGGCGAUUACGGCCGCAUGGACAGCAAGUGUUUCAUGGGAAUGGCUCAGAUCCUCCUGGAUGAUCUAGACCUGACAUCGAUGGUGGGCGGCUGGUACAAGCUCUUCCCCACCUCCUCUAUGGCGGACCACAGCAUCGGCCCUCUGACGCGCCGACUCUCCCAGUCCUCGCUUGAGAGCGCCACCAGCCCCUCGUGCACCUAGACACGUCCACGCCCCAUUCUAAAUAUGCCAGUCUUCUCUAUCUCUAUGUGUGUAUGUUUGUUCAAUAUACCCCGCCACGACCCCAGACACAUGAACACACACUCUGAUAGAUGCAGCCAACUCGCCCGGGGCUGGAACGCUCCUCUUUACCGAUACAGAUAUUAAGAGUUGGAUACAAAUCAGGCGUGACACAUAUAACACACACACCCUCACAGAUGGAUAUGGGUGUAACCAGCAACAUGCGGUUGUAGGGUAGUCAAGAAUCAGUCAUGGCUAGUUACAUGCAGAUCCAUUGUCCACAGGUCAACCAGUAGGGGCAUUUGAUAAAUCCGUCGAGAAAUGUUCCUGACAAUGUAGCAUUCGUGUUGACGUCACGUCACACAGGAAGCAGAAUGGGUUCUCCAAGACUAGUAGUUUCCAGACCCUUGAGGGUCAGUCAUUUCUCUAUGCCAAACCCAAUCAAAGUUUUAUUUUUUAAAAACCAAAGCAAUUCUUAUUAUCUAUAGUGUUAUGUUAUAGAGUAUGGAUAUGUAGCAGAGUCAGUGACUUAGACGAGAUGCAAAAAACAAAGACAUAUUAGAAAAAAAAGGUGCGGUCACAUUAGCGAAAUUUAGUUGGCAAAGAAAUCCAUUUUCCAUUGUCUAUAGUGUAGCGAUGUAUGAAGUCACUUUCAAACCAAGCAACUUUUAGGGCAGCGAUUGCGCCUGACCAACUUGAAGAUGAACGAAAUCUGCUUCGGGACUUUUUCACCCUUGCGCAAAACUCCAAAUCGCAUGGAUUCCUAUAGAAAUGACUGGAAUUCACCUGCAAAAUUUCGCAGAGCAACAUUAAAUGUGAUCGCACCUCUAGACUACAUACACAAUUAAACGUUUAAAGGGCAGGGCUUUACUCCACAUGUCAGGUUAUUUAUUAGAAAUGCACACGAUUCCUAUCGCAUAAAGUAGCGUAUUUUUUUUCUUUUCAGAGAGCUGAAUAAAUAAAUAAAUAUAUAGAUCGAUAUUUGUGUUUAUGUAUUUAUCGACUGCAUUCUGCACGUUAACUCGCAACCCUUGUUGAGCAAAAUAUGUAAAGUGCUAUUUUAAGCUUGCCUUUAAUAUUACGUAGACUUAUAGAUGGUAGGUUAUUUAUUUUGCUAAUGUUUCAUUCUCACUUUUUGUCUGAGCAACUCAAUCUGCACUGAGCUGCAGACGUAGUCCGAGGGACUUGAACCCUCCGAAGGAGAACCAACUGUCCUGUUAAACCAGCAACCCUCAUCCAUAGCUGCAUUGUGGGAUACGCCGAAUGGUGUCUGCUGGCAAGCAAGAGAACUUUUCUUGUAGCAAGUACCGAAGAUUUCUGGGAAGUUAGAGCCACACAAGACUUUACCGCCUCAAGUAGUUUUGGGUUUCUUUCUACCAGCAUUUGGAACUGUUAAAGGCCUUUCCCAUUUCCUGUUACUCUCAGGAGGUCACGCUGAACAAAA